GGCCGAGGGGCGGCCGGGGGGAGGGCAGAGCCGAGCCGUGCCGAGCCGAGCCGCCCAGAGCCGCGGAGCCGCGACGGGACACCCCAUGCGCUCCUGAGCCGCGCCGGACCGGGCUGAGAGAGCCGAGUGGAGCCGCCCCAGCCCAGCAUGGCCCCCUGGCUCUGGCCGUGCCUCCUGGCCGCACAGGCCCUGGCCGCCAACUUUCCCCCCCGGUACAGCCUCUACACCGGCGGGGCCGCCCCGCUCGCCCCCGGCGCGGCCGCGGCCCACAGCGGUGCCCGGGCCGCCGGCCGGCACAGGAACUGGUGUGCCUACGUGGUGACACGCAGUGUGAGCUGUGUGGUGGAGGACGGCGUUGAGAGCUUCAUCAAGCCGGACUAUCAGCCCUGCCCCUGGGGGCAGCUCCAGUGCCCCCGGGUCCUGGCGUACCGCAGCUUCCUGCGGCCCCGCUAUAAGGUGGCCCAGCGGACGGUGUCGGAGCUGGCCUGGCGCUGCUGCCAGGGAUACUCGGGCCCAGACUGCACCGAGGGACCCGCCCCAGCGUCCCCCCAGCCCACCGGCCGCCCCCCGCCCCGGCCCGGCCACCCCACACUCUCCGGCUUCGGCAACCCCCUCAGCGGCCUGGGGGGUGAAGGCGGCGGGGACGCGGAGAAGGUGCGGCGGCUGGAGGAGCAGGUGCGGCGGCUGAGCGAGCAGGUGGAGGAGCUGCGUGCCGGGCAGGAGCCACCGCCCCGGGCGGCGGAGGGGCGCCCCGGGGGCGAGCAGCCGGCCGACGCGGCCGCCCCCGCCGAGGUGCGGGAGGCGCUCAGCCACGUCCAGAAGCGGCUGGAAGAGCUGGAGACCCGCCUGCGCCGCACCGAGGGCGGCCGGGAAGGCCCGGGGACGCCGGGGGGCCCGGGGAUCGCGUCACUGCGCGACCUGGAGCGGCGGCUGCAGGAGCUGUGCGCCGCCUGCACGAUCGGCACCGAGGGGCUGCGGCGGCAGGCGGCCGAGGACCGGGACCGCAUGCGGGCGCUGGAGAAGCUGGUGGGCUCGGUGGACCAGCGCAACCGGGAUGCGGUGGAGUCGGUGCAGCGGCACAUCAGCAGCCUGAGCAGCCGCCUGGCCCCUGUCCCCCCUGCCCCGCCACCCCCGGACGUGCUCCGGCGCCUGGCAGAGCUGGAGCGGCGGCUGGAGGGGCUGCCGGGGCUGGCGGCGGGGCCGGGGCAGGGGCCGGUGCUGGCGCGACGGCUGACGGAGCUGGAGGGGCGGCUGAACGCCUCCCGCGCCGGCCCGUGGCCCUCCGAGCCCGAGGGGCGGCCGGGAGGGCUGCCGGCGCGCCUGGCCAACCUCAGCCGGGCGGUGGAGGGGCUGGCGGCCAGCGGGGCUCAGCGCGGCGCCCGCCUGGACGAGCUCGAGGGGCUGCUGGCUCGCUGCAGCCAGCCCUGCCCGGGGCACGGCGGGGAGCUCGGCCCCCGCCCCCGGCAGCCGCAGGACACCGAAGGGCUCCGUGGGGACGGGCUGGCCGGGACCCUGGGGGGGCUGCUGGGGGCACAGGGAGAGGUGCUGGUCGAGGAGCUGGAGGAACUCCGCAACCGGACGGGGCGGCUGGAGGCGGCGCUGGAGGGGCUGAGCGGUGACCCCUGCGCCCGGCCCUGUGUCCCACCGCCCCCCCGGGAGCCAGAGCAGCUCCAGCCCGACCCCACGGAUCUGGGGGAGCUGGAGGCACCACUGGAGGGGUUCGGCGUCUUCGGGGGUACGUCGCCCUCGGAGCUGCGGGAGCUGCGGGGGGAGCUGGCGGCGGCACUGCGGGCCCUGAGCGGCCUCAACACCACGGUGGAGGGGCUGCAGGACGCGCUGGAUCAGCAGGAUGCCCGGCAGCGCCAGCUGGGCUCCGUCACCGACCGUGUGGUGGCCGAGCUGGACCAGGCGGCGGCGGCGGCGGCGGCACGGCAGGCCGAGAGCGAGGAGCGGCUGGAGGCUCUGGCGCGGGAGCUGGCGCGGGCCGGGGGCUGCCCCGCGGGGCUGGAGCCGCGCGUGGCCAAGCUGGAGGGGAUCUGCGAGCAGCUGGAGGCGGUGGCCGGGGGUCUGCGGGGCGUCCGCGAGGGUCUGGGCCGGCACGUGGCCGGGCUGUGGGGGGCCGUGCGGGACCUGAACGCCACGGCCCGCACCCAGGCAGCGCUGCUGGAGAAGGCGCUGGAGCUGCCGCCCCGGCUGGGCGCCCUCAACGCCAGCCUGGGCCACCUGCGCGGGGAGCUGAACCGCCUGGCACAGCUGGAGCGCCACGGUCCCCCUGGCCCCCCUGGACCUGCUGGCCCCAUGGGUGAGACAGGCCCUCGUGGCCCACCUGGGCCUCCUGGAAAGGAUGGAGAACAGGGUUCCAUGGGCCCCCCUGGGCUGCCUGGAGAGAGAGGCGAGGUCGGGGAGCCAGGCUCGGUGCCCCGAGUCGCCUUCUCGGCCGCCCUGAGCACCCAGCGCACGGAGCCGGGCACCGUCCCCUUCGACCAGGUGCUGCUCAAUGAUGGUGGUGCCUACGACCCCGAGACAGGCACGUUCACGGCGCCAGUGCCCGGGCGGUACUUGGUGAGCGCGGUGCUGACAGGGCACCGGGGCGAGGGGCUGGAGGCCGUCCUGUCCCGCUCCGGCCACGGCAUCGCCCGCCUGGACUCGGCCGGAUUCCAGCCCGAGGGGCUGGAGAAGGGGCCGGUGGCCGCGCAGGCCCCCAGCCCCGGUGCCCUUGGCGUCUUCAGCCUCCUGCUGCCGCUGGCAGCCGGCGAGACCCUGUGCGUGGAGCUGGUGUCGGGGCGCUUGGCCCACGCGCCCGACGAGCCCCUCACCACCUUCAGCGCCGCCCUGCUCUACGACGCCGACGAGCCCUAGAGCCGCCGGGCCCCCGGCAGGGGCACAGCCGGGCCGGGGGGUCCCCACACCCCCACGGGACCCCCCCCACUCGCCCCCUUAUUUAUCAGCACCCCCAGCCCUCGCUGCCCCACCGUCACACAUCCCCACCCCACACCUCCCACCCCGGCCCCCACGCCGCCCCCCGGCCCCCACUGCCCCCCCAAUAAAGACGCGGCACCGGGUUUUGUACCCGCGGCUCUGGCUCCGUCCCUCGCCCCCA